AUGGAGUUGGCUUUUUCUCAAACUGGUUUUCUGCAUCAAUUUGAAGUGGAGGAAACCGAUAAAGAAGUUACAGUACAGCAAUUGAUUAUUAAGCAAAUAAGUGUAGGCGCUGAAGCCAACAGUGGCGAGUUUAAUGUUGUACAGGCUGAAAAAGAAACUUUAAAAAUACCAGUAGCUGUUUUAAAAGCUGGCGAAACUCGUGUAUUGCGUCCAAAUUUGGAAUUUCCAAGUGAUUCAGUUACGUUUAAUUUGACACAAGGAAACGGCCCCGUAUACAUAUGCUGGAAAAAUGUUGUCAGUGAAGUUAUGAACGAAGAGUGGAAUGACGAUGAUGAUAUUGAGGAUGAUGAUAAUGAUGAUGAACCGCCACCGUCACAACAGAACGGUAAAAACAUCAAAAAGAAAUAA